UUGAGGUACUUCUUGUGGGAGCUCAUCCGAGGCGUUUGAAAAUUGCAUUUGUGCAAUAAUUGCUCGUGAUUGCACAAAGAUUUAGAAUCUCUAGGAAAUUCCCCGCGGGAUCUAAAAGCCGAGAUGUCUGAAGGAUCAUCAGUUAUAAGGAGAAAAGGGUCUAACAGGCAUAAAGCGUAUGGAUACUCCGCUGAGAUUAACCGAAAGAUCAUCGAAAAGUUCCCAAAGGAUCUUGAAGGGCAGUGCCGUGAUUGGCUAGAAAAGAUGCUGGGUGAACGAAUUGCAUGGGGCGAGGAGACAUCUCUAAGUAAACCUGGAGAUGCAUUCGCCGACGCAUUAGACGAUGGAGUGGUUCUUUGCAGGAUCAUGAACGAGGUCAGACCAGGUACGAUUCCCAAGAUUCAUGGAGAGAAAGGCGCUAAUGUGAACGUGUUCAAGAUGCAAGAGAACAUCGCUAACUUCCUGAAUGCCUGUCAAGAGGAACCGUUCAACUGCAACCCACAAGACUUAUUCCAAACGGUUUACUUGUUCGAACGACAAAAUCUCGGACAGGUAAUUUCGGGAAUUCAGGCUUUUGCGAGAAAGGCCCACGCGUUUGACCAGACGGUGCCCCUGUUCGGACCGAAAGAAGCAGAGAAAAACCCACGUAACUUCCCUGAACAACCGAAAUGUUACCGUGGAGAUAUCUAGAAACUUGAGCCUCCUUCGGGACUGUCUAUCUGUUCUAUGAAAGAUAUUCUAGCUAGUAAAAAUCUCAAUCUAUCUUAGUUACAUCCUGUUGAAUCAGUUAACAAGUGAAGAUUCUUUUAAAGGGACACUAAUAAAACUCUUCUUUAAAAGGAUUUUUUUAUAGUUACAGUGUACAGAAAUUUUAUAGUGUAUCUGUUGUCAGGGCUUUUAUAACUCCCCUCAAAGUAAAGGUCUGUUUAUCAAACAAGUACCCCUUGAGCGGGAUUCUGCUGUCAUUUGUCAAGUCACAAUAAAACCACGUUUGUAACUGGAA